UAGUCUUUCUGUAACACUUAACGCUGGUAAUUAUACUGAAAACAUGAUUGUCAGUCGCUUCCUAAAACUGUCCGAGUCGUUAAGCGUGUUUACAGUGACGAAUAAGUUAUAACUAUGUACUACAAUAGGCUGCAUGGUGUUUGUUGUGCAGCUGCCGGGUGUUGUUUGUUUCUUUGACCCCGAGCACUGAGAGUGAGUCUAGCGGUCAUUUUGGCUUUAUCUCAUUCAGCUGAGCUUUUCUAUCAGUACCAAUGUUCUGUCCUGUAUCAAAUGCUGCAGCAGGGAUCAACAAGAUUUAGUUUGCUGAUGCAGUCAUGAAUGACCUCGUGCAAGUGCAAUGUAGAUCCCAGGAGUCCGGCUGUGUUUGUGCAUUCAAAACAAAUAAACCUGAUCAUUGAAGCAAUGACCCUGGGUUAGGGGAUCAUUAUCCCAAAUGUAGCAGAUCACCCAAGACCUAAGUUUGGUCUCUGAUAUGAUUGUUUGGUUUUGCAUUGCAGCAAGAGAAUAAGGGAAGUGUAUUUCUCAAAUCUUUUCUUCAAGUUCCUCCUGUGUAUCCAUGUUGUGAAUUUAAAGAACCUUCUACCUUCCUUCUGUCAUCUUGCAUGGUCUGAUCCCACAUAAAGCAAGGGCAGAAACACUGCCGUCUUGUGUCAUUAGCUAUAACACUAGUGCUACACAAAGGAGCAAAGAGAAAUGCUUCCUUAUCCAGAAGUUGGUCACUUUUUUGGGGGCCAUGGCUAUAAAAUGCAAGCAGGUUUAGCUGUACAGUGAAGUGGGUUAAAACAGGAUUGCUAUACUGAGAAAUUAGGAUAUUAUUGUUCUUUUGUGUUUCUGUAAUUCUGAAUUUAUGCUGCUUACUUAUGUGGCUAAACUUUAACCAAUGAAUGUGUCUUCUUAUUUCCUUAUGUCUUGGGUGUGAUUUUGGGGGCCGUACUGAGAUUUAAAAGGUAAAAUCCUGUCGUUUGUGCUGUUUUAAUUGUGGGUUGGCUGCAAAUCGUCGCUGCCACGCUGCUGUCUGUCUCCUCGCUGAUUUCAGUGCCGUUUGACUGUAGGAGCAAAUCAUGCAUUCUGCUGAAUUUCACGGUGGCAUUUCAGCAUUAGGAAGUGUGAAGAUGUCACAGGCUAAACAGAUCCGAGUGCUAGUCCUCAAUGACCUGGAGAAACUGGAAAGGACCCUGUUCCGCUUGGAACAAGGUUUUGAGUUGCAGUUUCGACUGGGGCCAACUCUUCAGGGGAAAGAGGUCCAUGUUCACAUCAACUACCCGGCCGAAGGAGAGCGUUUUGACCGCCACAGAUUCCACACCCUCGACUGGGUGAAUCCCACCGGCAGAGAGGACGACUCCGACAAGUUCUGCUCCCUCGAGAUGCAUACUGCUGGCUCUUACCAGUAUCACUUCGGCCAUGGUCUUAAUGAGGAGAACGUUGGAGGCGGAUAUGUGGUGGUGGAUCCGGUGCUCCGCGUCGGCGCUGAUGAUCACGUCUUACCUUUAGACUGCAUCAGCAUCCAGACAUAUCUGGCUAAAUGUCUCGGCCCUCUGGAUGAGUGGCUUGACCGGCUCAUGGUGGCCAAAGAGUCGGGUUAUAACAUGAUCCAUUUCACGCCGCUGCAGACGCUGGGUGAGUCACGCUCCUGCUACUCUCUGGCUGAUCAGCUGGAGCUGAACCCUGACUUCUCUCCUCCGGGCCAGAAGUAUGACUGGAGCAAUGUAGGCAACCUGGUGGAGAAGAUGAAGAACGAGUGGAACAUGCUUUGCAUUACUGAUGUUGUUUACAACCAUACAGCUGCGAACAGCGUGUGGAUCCAGAAACACCCCGAGUGUGGCUAUAACCUGGUGAACUCGCCCCACCUGAGGCCUGCGUGGGUGCUGGACAGAGCGCUGUGGCACGUCACCUGCGAUAUCGCUGACGGGAAAUACACCGAGCGCGGAAUCCCAGCCCUCAUACGCAACGAACAACACCUCAAUGCCAUCCGUGGAAUCUUCUGGCAGGAUGUGUUUCCUACGAUUAAGCUGUGGGAGUUCUUCCAGGUCAAAGUUGAGCCAAUAGUGGAGCAGUUCAGGAUUUUACUCCAAACUGGGGCCAAACCUGACCGAAGCAAAAUGGACGGCAAGAAGCAGUUCAGGAUCAUUCAGGACCCUCAGUACAGACGCUUCGGGAGCUCAGUGGACUUAAAUAUAGCCCUGGAGCUCUUUGUGCCCAACGGGAACAGUCCAGGAGCCAUAGAGGACUGCUGUAACUGGUUCAGGAAGAGGCUGGAGGAGCUGAACGGAGAACAGUAUCGAGAAAUGAACUAUCAUCAGGAGCAGGCUACCAACUGUUCCGUGGGUACAGUGUCUUAUGAGCGCCUGGCAGAUCACGGCCCCAAACUCGGCCCCGUCACCAGAAAACAUCCACUGGUUACAAGGUAUUUCACAUUCCCGUUUAAGGACAUGUCUCUGGAGCAGGACCUUCUGCUCAUUGACCAGCCGGACAAAGCGUGUCACUUUCUGGCCCACAAUGGCUGGGUGAUGGGUGAUGACCCACUGAGGAACUUUGCAGAACCAGGCUCGAACGUGUACAUCAGGCGAGAGCUGAUCUGUUGGGGAGACAGUGUGAAGCUUCGAUACGGCAGUAAGCCUGAGGACUGUCCGUAUCUGUGGGCGCACAUGCAGAAAUACACCGAGAUCACGGCUACAUACUUCACCGGAGUCCGUCUCGACAACUGCCACUCCACGCCGCUGCACGUAGCCGAGUUCAUGUUGGCUGCAGCACGCUCCAUCAGACCCGACCUGUACGUGGUGGCUGAGCUCUUCACAGGCAGCGAGGAGCUCGACAAUGUGUUUGUCACUAGACUAGGCAUCUCCUCCCUUAUCAGAGAGGCGAUGAGCGCCGGAGACAGUCAUGAGGAGGGUAGAUUGGUGUACCGUUACGGUGGAGAGCCUGUAGGAGCCUUCUUGCAGCCGAGCCUCCGUCCUCUGGUGCCCAGCAUCGCCCACGCCAUGUUCCUGGACAUCACACACGACAACGAGUGUCCCAUCCAGAUCCGCUCUGCCUUCGACUCGUUGCCUAGCUCUGCUAUCGUCGCUAUGGCCUGCUGUGCCACAGGUAGCACCCGAGGCUAUGACGAGCUCGUACCUCAUCAGAUCUCGGUGGUGACCGAGGAGCGCUUUUAUCAGAAGUGGAACCCGCGGGCCACGCAGCCCAGCCCCGGUCAGGUCAGUCUACGGACGGGCAUCAUCGCCGGCAAACUAGCUCUGAACCGCCUGCACCAGGAGCUCGCAGCUCACGGCUUCAACCAGGUGUUUGUGGAUCAGGUGGAUGAAGACGUUGUUGCCGUGACUCGUCACUCUCCGAGUUCACACCAGUCUGUCGUGGCUGUGUGUCGCACCGCCUUCCGCAACCCCAAACAACACCAAUACGCACUCGAGGUUCCACCCAUGUUCAUCCCAGGUAAGAUAGAGGAGGUGGUAUUGGAGGCCCGUACAGUAGAGACUCAGGCCGGUUCCUACAAAAAAGAUGAGAAGAGCAUUAACGGCCUGCCUGAGUUCACAGUGGAGAUUAAAGAGCACAUCCAGCUGAAAGACAGCGGUGUGGUGAAGCAGGCUGGGGUGACGUCACGAGGCCGCAGCGAGUUUGUGCAGGAGAUAGUGUUCGAGCGUCUCACUCCCGGGAGCGUCAUUGCUUUCAGAGUGAGUUUGGAUCCGAAGGCACAGGACCUUGUGGGGUUUUUGAGGACUCACCUCAUUCAGUUUAACCCUGAGUACAAAGCAGGAAGUGUGCUGGACAAGAACACUCCAGUCAUACUCAAGACCCCACUGAGCCAGAUCAUGGAGAAGCUGACUCUGGCUGAUCUGAAUGUGCUGCUGUUCCGCUGUGAAGAAGAGGAGAAGGAGGACGGAGGUGGCUGUUAUAACAUCCCUGGAUGGACAACCCUCAAGUAUGGUGGCCUGCAAGGAAUGAUUUCAGUGAUGGCUGACAUCAGACCUAAGAACGACCUGGGCCACCCGUUCUGUGAUAACCUGAGGCAGGGAGACUGGAUGAUCGAUUAUGUCAGUAACCGACUGGUGGCUCGUGGAGGAGUACUCGGAGAGGUGGGUCAGUGGUUCCAGGCCAUGUUUGGCUACCUGAAACACAUCCCUCGCUACCUCAUCCCCUGCUACUUCGACGCCAUCCUGGUUGGAGCAUACACCAAAGCCCUAGACGCUACCUUCACACAGAUGUCACCUUUUGUGCAGGAUGGUUCAACCUUCGUACGUUUGCUGGCCCUGGGUUCACUGCAGAUGUGUGCUGUAGGUCGUUUUCCUGCUCUUCCACCACUCUCUCCUGCACUGCGUGAUGUCCCACGACGCAUCAAUGAGAUCACCAAGCAGGAAGAACAGUACUGCGUCUCCAUGGCAGCAGGCUUGCCUCAUUUCUCCUCUGGAAUUUUCCGCUGCUGGGGCAGAGACACGUUCAUUGCCCUGCGGGGUCUCAUGCUGCUCACUGGUCGUCACCUGGAGGCCAGGAACAUCAUCCUGUCCUUCGCUGGCACUCUGAGGCAUGGUCUGAUCCCCAACCUGCUCGGCGAGGGCGUAGCUGCACGAUAUAACUGCCGUGAUGCCGUGUGGUGGUGGCUGCAGUGUAUUCAGGAUUACUGCACCCUUGUGCCUGAUGGAGUGACUAUUCUCCAGUGCCUUGUGUCCAGGAUGUACCCUACAGAUGACUCAUUGCCUCAGGCACCGGGCACUGUGGAUCAGCCUCUGUGUGACGUGAUUCAUCAAGCUCUCCAGCGCCACAUGCAGGGCAUCGAGUUCAGAGAGAGGAACGCCGGACCACAGAUCGAUAACAACAUGAGGGAUGAAGGAUUCAACAUCGUGGCCAAGGUAAAUCCAGACACAGGCUUUGUGUACGGAGGAAAUCGCUUCAACUGCGGCACAUGGAUGGAUAAGAUGGGCGAAAGUGACCGAGCUCGCAAUAAAGGGAUUCCUGCUACACCCAGGGACGGUUCAGCUGUUGAGAUCGUGGGUUUGUGUAAGUCGGCAGUGCGCUGGCUAGUGGAGCUCCAUAAGUGGGGUCUGUUCCCUCACAGCACCAUGACCAUUCACCGAGACGGUAAACAACUCACAGUGUCCUACGAAGAGUGGAACAGAAAGAUCCAGGACAAAUUUGAGAAAAUGUUCUACGUGUCUCACAACCCCGACGACCCCAAUGAGAAACAUCCUGAGCUGGUCCAUAAGAGGGCGAUUUACAAGGACAGCUGUGGAGCUUCAAGCCCGUGGUGCGACUACCAGCUCAGACCCAACUUCACCAUCGCCAUGGUGGUGGCUCCUGAGUUGUUCACGGUGGAGAGGGCCUGGGAAGCUCUGAGUAUCGCUGAAGAAAAGCUGCUCGGACCGCUGGGAAUGAAAACCCUAGAUCCAGAUGACAUGGUUUACUGCGGUGUUUACGACAACUCGCUCGACAACGACAACUACAACGUAGCCAAAGGCUUCAACUACCACCAAGGCCCUGAAUGGCUUUGGCCAGUUGGGUAUUUCCUACGUGCAAAGUUAUAUUUCGCCAAGAAGCUUGGAAAGGAAACCUACGACAAGACUGUGUUUCUGGUGAAGAACGUUCUUUCUCGCCAUUAUGUUCAUUUGGAAAGGUCCCCGUGGAGGGGUCUGCCAGAACUGACGAAUGAAAACGGUCAGUACUGCGCGUUCAGCUGCGAGACUCAAGCCUGGUCCAUCGCUACUGUUCUGGAGGUCCUGCAUGACCUAUAACCUUUCAUAGGAGGCUUUCAUAGAAGGCUCAAGUCUUCCUGAAUCCUUUCCUAUCUUCUUGGAGCCAGUAGAUGCCAUGUUAUCGACCGUGAAUGUCCAUUGUGCGGUACGAAAAUGAGCCACUGUAUUUUUUUUAACGAUGUCUGAUACUCAUUUUAACCUCCAUCACAUUUCCUCAAAUAACAUCAUAUCUAUCCCCCGACAACUAAAGUACCUUUAAUACAGAAUUAAAGUAAAGCUCUCACUAAUGGGCUUGAAUUCAAGCCUGUAGGUCCUGUUGGUGUGUCUGUAAUUGUGUUACUGUGUUGGAAUGCUAGCGGGUGAUGCCAUGUACUGUCAUGUGUUUAUGUAGUCUGUGAACUGCUGUUGUGUGUUUGUCUUACAUGUGAAAAGAAAUGAGAGCAUUUAGAGUUUUUCAUGUUGUAGACACACCUUCUGGUUUAGGGUUACAGCAUUGUGAUAAACGGAUCGGAAGAAUUAGUAAGAGAAAUAAAUACCUGUCUGAGACCCAGAGUCUGGUGGCAUUUCAUUGAUCUCUUCUUUUAUUCAGCAAACACCACAGGAAAUGAUUUUAUUAGUUAUGUCUCAAAUUUUGGUGUGGACAUCAGAAAAGUCUAGUGUAGUAUUAACACACAGACCUGUGGAAAAAUGUACAGAGCUCCUGGGGUGACAUAAUGGUUAAUUAGUGGUUUGUUUACACAUGUGCUUGUAUGGAUUUUCUGGGCUCACCUUUCAGAUUAUGUAAAUCAAAUACCAAUUGGUUAUUUCAGACUGUCAGGCACAGGCCUGGACUUAAUUAAGUGCAUUAUUCUUCCAUGAUAUUAACUGGAGCAGAAUUAAGUCCACUUAACAUGAGACGCGUCUGUUUUAUUCAAACUCCACCCCUUGUGCAUCACUCUUCCGUAACUUCUGAAUAGCGCUUAAUUGUGUAGUUACAUUUGAGGUAUGAAAGAAUACCAAUUUCAGCAUUAAAUCCUCACUGAAUAUAGCCCAUCUGUUCACGGACUCAUCCUGACAAACACCGAGGACCUGGCUGACAUCAGUAGGGAAAUGAUCACUGAUUCAUUCAGGCAGUUCUGUUCUGUUGGGUUUAAUAAAUAUAUUUUUAUUAGUUCAUUGAAACAGUUUAAAACUUUGUCUGCUGUCAUUUGUACAGAGCAUAUAAGCGCUCUUCUCUGUUUUGAUGACGGUGCGACACUGCAGGAUCGCCACGGACACUGCGGUAUCUGAUUUACAAGCUGAACUGAUUAUUUUGCUAUGGCGCAUAGCUAUCCGGGGGGGUGAGGGCACGAUGAUUUAGUGGUUAGCACGUUUGCCUCGCAUCUCCAGAGUUGGGGGUUCGAUUCCUGCCUCUGCCCUGUGAACAUGAGUUUGCAUGUUCUCCCUGUGCUUCAGAGGGUUCCUCCAGGUACUCCAGUUUCCUCCCCCAGUCCAAAUACAUGCAUUGUAGGCUGAUUGGCAUCUUUUAAAUUGAGUGUGCAAGAGUGUGUGUGUGUACCACUUCCAGGGUGUCCCCUGCCUUGUGCCCCGAGUCCCCUGGGACAGGCUCCAGGCUCCCCUGUGCCCCUGUGUAGGGUAAGCGGUACAUAAAAAUGGAUAGAUAGAUGGACAUAGCUCUCCAACAACAUUAAUUUGUGACAUUUCUUGUGUGAGGAAAUCUCCCUUGGCUCUUUUCCCAACAAUGCAGCAGACGCCAAAGUAAAUUAAACAGCCACUGGGUUUUCCCAGAUCACCACACAUACAUCAGCAGUGAAGUGUGAUUAUUUAUUUAUUUGGUAAAUGUAGUGUGUCACUAUGAAGAUCUGAGAUUACAUCAUGU